UCCUCUUUCCCAAUCCGGUCCUAAAUUUUCAAAAGAAGAGAGAGACGUCUAUUUAAUUCCAUCGCCUUGUCUCUCCUGGUUAGGGUUACGGUUUUGAUUUGGUUUUUGGAAAUUUUCCAGGGUUAGGGUUUCGGCGGGUGCAGGAAUGGCGACGGUGGGGGGCCAGCAGCAGCAGGGAGAAGGGGCGGCGAAGCCGGCAAUGAGGAAGCCGGUGUUCACGAAGGUGGACCAGCUGAAGCCCGGGACGAGCGGCCACACGCUUACGGUCAAGGUGAUUAGCUCCGAGACGGUGCUCCAGAAGGGUCGCGCCGCCUCCGCCUACCUCCGCCAGACACGGAUCGCCGAGUGCCUCGUCGGCGACGAGACCGGCACCAUCAUCUUCGCCGCCCGCAACGACCAGGUUGAUGUGAUGAAACCUGAUGCGACUGUGAUCCUGCGCAAUGCAAAGAUUGAUAUGUUCAAGGGGUCAAUGAGGCUGGCAGUCGACAAGUGGGGUCGUGUCGAGGUUACUGAACCUGCAACUUUUACGGUGAAGAAGGAUAAUAAUUUAUCUGCAGUGGAGUAUGAACUGGUGAAGGUAGUAGAAGAGUGAGUUUGAUCCUUUUGCAGAUUACCUUUCUGACGCAGGGAAGACUUCGAGCUUUCAAAGCUUUUUUUUUUUUUGGGGGGUGGGGGGGGUGGGCCUAGUUUCAUUUGGUCUUUAUGGUCAUAGAUAUGAAGGUAUAAAGUUUCAUUAGGAAAACAGUUGAAGUCAUACAAAAUCUCAGUGGAGCUUGUGAUGCUUUUGCCUUUUGUUAACAUGUUGACAUCAGUCAGCGUAACCUGUAAUUUCAGUAUGGAUUAUGAAGGGGCUGUAAAUGAAUCAGCAGGUGCUGUCUUUUAAUAUGCGAAUAGAUAUGUAGCAAACUUGAAGUAAACAAUCGAGGUUUAUUGACAGCUGUUGGUUUCUUA